AUGGGCGCAGCGCUUUCGAUGAUCAAAGGGGAACCUGUGAGCGAAGACAUGGUUCAGGUGCAAGAACGAAGACCAAUGGAUGCAGCACCUGAGCCAGUUGCAGGAUUACAGAACUCUGGCGAACGUGUCGUUCCACCUGAAGAAGUAGAAUUUCUUUCGCCGAUCCCGCCCAAUUACUUAACUCGUGAGAAACUCGUUGACUUAUCUGUUCUAGCCGCAUCUCAACCAGAACCCCCACCUUCGCCUGCUCUCGAAGGUGUUGAAACCCAUACUGCAGAUAGAAGCUACGAAAGGGAGCUUGCCAACUCCAGCUGGCGAAACGAGAGCAGUGAAACAACGCGGGCAAGGCGCUCAGAAGAAAGUGAUAGAGACGACCGAGAGGAUUAG